UUACUUCAUAAGCAGGACUUGUCGUCACCGUAGUAAAAUAUCUUCAAGACAUUAUUUAUCUAGCAUGAACGACAUUUCUAUAAUUGAUUUUAAAAAGAGAUUAUAUACUGAGUGAAAAAAAGUCUAAGAGAUAUUUAAAGCAAAAACUAUGAUAAAGUUGCAUAUAUUUUCGGAAUUCAGAUUCUUGCCUCCCGUUAGAGCCUCGGUCUGACAUCAGUCUUGGAACACUGAAAAUAUUUGGACGCCAUCUUGCAGAAGAUAACUGAUCAUCAUUGUGGGAUUUUCCGUGGAUAUCUCCUUCCUUCGGGAUGGAGGAGACUAAAAUAAUUUACUACAUCGAUGAUGAGGAUACUCCAUAUUUGAUAAAAUUACCGAUACCUGCCGAUCGUGUCACUUUGGGGGAUUUCAAGAAUGCUUUGAACCGUCCAAAUUAUAAAUUCUUUUUCAAGUCUGUGGAUGACGACUUUGGUGUUGUUAAAGAAGAAAUAAUUGAUGAUGAAACCCGAUUACCCUGUUUUAAUGGACGAGUAGUAUCAUGGUUGGUGCCAGCAGAGAGCAGUACGUCAGAUACCCAAUCACAAUGUACGGAUUCACAGUCGGGGGAUGUACAGAUGCCUUCCGAGAGGCUUGGUGGUAUUGGGGACAGUCGGCCGCCAUCUUUUCAUGCAAAUGCGUCUGUCGUAAGUCGAGAUCAGAGCUGUGACACGUGUACGGAGACCGACUCAGUCCUGAGUUCACGACGAGAUCGACCUAGAAGUUCACGCCAUACUCACAACAGUUUUAACAGUUAUCGAGACCGUCGUAACCAUAACGACCCCAAUGCUCCCCCUAGGAUCAAUGGCCACAGUAAACAUCACAGAGACAGAGGUCACGCAUACGACUCGUCAACUGUACUCAGUAGCGAUAUCGACACCACCAGCUUCUUCGACUCCGAAGAUGAUAGCAGAUUCUCCACAGUCACAGACACUACCAAUAGGUCGUCAAAAUAUGGUCGACACCGACGAAGACGGCGGAAACACAGACUCCCUCCUAUCAGCCGGGCAUCUUCAUUUAGUAGCAUAACAGACUCAACUAUGUCUCUCAACAUCAUUACAGUCACGUUAAAUAUGGACACAGUGAAUUUCCUUGGUAUCAGUAUUGUCGGUCAGAGUAAUAAAGGUGGGGAUGGGGGUAUAUACGUCGGCUCAAUAAUGAAAGGGGGUGCUGUAGCCCAGGAUGGUCGUGUGGAGCCUGGGGACAUGAUCCUAGAGGUCAAUGGGGUCAGUUUCGAGAACAUGAGUAAUGAUGAUGCUGUCCGAGCGUUACGGGAAGCUGUCCAAAAACCAGGUCCAAUUACACUAGUCGUUGCCAAAUGUUGGGACCCCAAUCCUAAAGGCUACUUUACAGUCCCUCGACAGGAACCAGUGCGGCCCAUCGAUCCUUCAGCAUGGGUGGCGCACACGACCGCUAUGAGGGGGGACUUCCUGUCACGGGGCGGGCCAAGCCCGUCUCUCAGCAACAUGACCUCUACUAGCUCCUCCCUCACUAGUUCUAUACCUGAGUCAGAACGAUUUGACGAUUUAAACCUCACCAUUAACACUGAUAUGGCAACAGUUGUCAAAGCGAUGGCACAACCAGACUCCGGACUGGAAAUCCGGGAUAGGAUGUGGCUCAAAAUCACCAUACCAAAUGCUUUUAUAGGUUCAGACUUAGUAGACUGGCUCUUUACACAUGUAGAUGGGUUUGCUGACCGAAGGGAUGCAAGAAAAUACGGAUGUAAUUUGCUGAAGGCAGGGUACAUCCGACACACUGUCAAUAAAAUCACAUUUUCGGAACAGUGCUAUUAUGUGUUCGGGGAUCUCUAUGGAAAUGGACCCGUUUAUCCAGAUCUAUCAACCUUGAGUCUAGAGGAUGUGGACUCGGUGUCGGAGGCUGACCGUGACACGCUUGCUCCCCUGCCUCCUCCCCACUGGAACAACCAGUAUCCCUAUGGUAACACCAGUUACUUACCCACCAACCUCAGCUACAUACCGCCCUACAGCUACACCAGUACCGACAGCCAAAGCUACGUGGGAAGCUUCGUGGACGGAAUGGACAAGUCGGUGACGGGCGGGGGAGGCAAUAACAGCGCUGGCAGUGUACACAGUGCAUCAGUUCACAAUGCUUGCUCAUGUCUGCCAGUAAAUCUACCAGCGGCUCAACGGCUGUUGUCAAAAACUUUGUGUAUCGAGUCAGCCGAGCCCAACAACAAUGUCCGUGGUAAAAAAUCUGUGUCAAAAUCUCCUGCUACGGUAACCACAGUCGCCAUGAAGACUGUUGAUACGGCAACUGUUGCUACAGACGAUAGGCACAAGUGCAAGUCUGCACCCUCACCCAUUCCACCUGUAGAUGGCCCAGGAAGCAGUGCAUCUGGAAGCAGUCGGAAGGAAAAAGAGAAAUCAGACAGAAAGUCCGGGAGUCCCGCGGGAAGUGGGGGCAGUGAUACUGAGACAGCAAGUCUAGCAAGUGCUCGGCGUGUACAAGUAGUGCCGGCACCGCCAUCAACAAACAUGAUGCCUCCCAAUAUGAUGCCACCAAAUAUGAUGCCCCCUAAUAUGAUGCCACCAAAUAUGAUGCCCCCUAAUAUGAUGCCCCCUAAUAUGAUGCAACCAAAUAUGAUGCCACCAAAUAUGAUGCCACCAAAUAUGAUGCCGGGCCAAGCACUGCCUCCUCCCCCGAGGGACCUGUCUAAUAUGCCGCAGGAUUUAAGUGGCAGCAGACAGUCUUUCAAAAUGGCUAUGGGAAAUCCAUGUGAGUUUUUUGUGGACGUCAUGUGAUCAAUCAUGUGGCCUCUAUACAGCCAAUCAGCUCUCAUUAUUAUUUGCAUGCUGAAGAACACAGUUGAUUUUCAUAUUUACAUUUUUUAGAGAAUUAUAUAAAAAAUUGGAGAUCUGAUUUCCUGAAUGGGAUAACUUUUUUUAGAAAUGGUGAGAAAUCAUUAAGGGAAAGACAUAUAUGACAUACUGUCAUAUUUGCUCAGAAAAUUUGUUUGAUAAAUCAAAAUUUUAGCAGAUGGAAUGAGGCAGUACAUGACAGGAGAAUCAGCGGAGAGAUAGUAAUGGACAGGAAUUUGUUUGUUUUCUUGUGUGAUAAUGUAAAAAGUAUUUAUGAAUGUACAGUUUACUCGUUAGUCUGCAUGACCAAGUCCCAACAUAUCCUCCUGUAGUUCAUACAACUUGUAUACUUCAAACUGUAUGCUCAUGUAUCGCCAACUUGUUUUUAGCAUGUUUGCAAAUGUAAUUUAUUUUAGAAGAUUUUGCGGGAGAAAGUGAGUGUGACUGUUAUGUAACACAGAAUUUGUUUGUGUGCCCUUAACCCUUGCAAUCGUGGCCUUGGUACAGAAAAACCAUGAAUUCAAAGUACUGAGCAACAGCUAUGAUUGGAAGGGUUGUCUAAUAUAUGUAUGUAUAGUCAGAUUUGAUUAUGGCUUUAAGCCUAGUUGUCUUCUUACUUUCACUUUAGGCGAUUCAGUCAUCGACUCAUGACCUCUGACCUUCACCCUGACCCUCAUCUCCAUGGUUACAGCUUCCUUCCAUGAUUGGCACACUAGCUGGACUAAGACCUGUUUCUUUGUGUGCGCGUUCAGUAUGGGCUGAUAGCAGGAGGCACCUCCUGUUACCGCGGACUCGUGCUUGGUGCUUUUAACUACUAAACCUUCAACAGCAGUAGGCCUAGUCGCUACAGGUCACGUGACUCGUCACAUGAUCACCUUGGCUCCUCCUUCUUCCUGGCCCACCUCGUCUGGAGAUCGUAACUUUUCUAUUUAUACUCUGAAUGGUUGUCGCUGUCUUCUGUUUAAGUCACUUGUGAUUGAUUUUAUGAUAAUUUAAAACCACAAUUUUAUUAUUUUUAUUCAACCGAUGAAUUUCUUUGAGUGAUUUUGUUUGGGUAGCUGGAUAUUUGCAGUAGGGCCCUGUGUGCAUGCCAUUGUUGUGAUAAGCUUGCCUUUCGUUCGGGUUCUCAGUGAUUUGGUAAACGUCUCAUUCACACUUGGACAGACGCUAGAUUGAUUUGUACAGCUGCUAUUUUUCUUUCUUUCUUUCUGUAAAUCUUUCUUUGUCUUUUCUUUCUUCUUUGCAUAAUCUUUCAUUGUUGCAGCAUGUUUUGUCGUAAGAUCUCCGUUUCCCAAGGUAGUAAGAGAUGUGGUUUGCCUGCAUAGCUGUUCAUGGCAUGGUUAUCACACGUAUAUAUUUUAGAAAAGACAAAUUUUAGUUUGUUUUAAUUUAUUUCAACUGGUUGUCAAAUUUUUAUUUUUGAAGUUGUUGUCAAAAUGAAAUCAGCAAUUCACUUCAAUAUUUACAUUACUGCUGGCUUUUAAUUCCAAAAAUUGAUUGAACAAUUUUAAUUUACCAUAUUAAUGUGAUUAAGCAAUAGUAUAUGCUUCAUUGAGGAGCUAUUAGAUGAAUCAACAGAAAUAGAUAAUGUUGAUCUGAAUCAUUUCUGACGAUAAAGGUAACCGUUUGAUCGCUUGCUCCACGGACAUGUUGAUAAACUGAAUACCACAUAUGAAUACACCAAGUAACAGUUGUUAUACACAAAUGUAUAUCACAAAGCUUUUCUACUCAAUAAUUGAUUACUGUACUCUAUUUUUUUGCAUUUUUCCAAACUUGCUUUUAUUUACUUUUACAAAUACAGACAAUUUCGCUGUUCUGUUUACAGAAGCAAAUUUGGUCAAAGGUUUUGUUUAUUCCAAUGAAUUACCAUUUAUUUUCAGUUGACCUGUUUAUUUGUUAAGCCUGUUCUGAUAAAUAUUUGUUACUUGACAGAUUUUGUUUGUCUUGAAGGUAAUUAAGAAUGUGUCGCCACAAAAAAAAAAAAAAAUCAAUUGAAAGAGAUUUUUAAAACUUUAUUUUGUUCAAUUUGCCCAAGUACAUGUACUUCCAUAGCAUCUACAGCAGUCACUGAGAUUAAACAUUCUUGUUAACCGAAAAUUUAACCGUCUUAUUUGUGUAUUGCUCAGUUUGAAUACUCCAAUACAGAUAAUAACAUCGUUCAAUUUCUUUAAUCCUUUGUCCUUAUACUGGAUCAGGCAUCCAGUGGACUUUUUGAAGUGUUGAUAGUGUUAUAAGGUUCUGAAAUAGCAAAGAAGUACCAAAAUAAUACAACUAUCUGGUAUUUUUGUAUGGACAAAAAGUUAUAAAAAUAUAUCCCUGGAGUGAAAUAUGGUGUAAUUCUGUUGUCCAAUCCAACACAGGACAUAACUCUUGUCAACAGACAUGAUACGAAAAUGUGUCAAUUUUCACUCAGAAUAAAACCUCUGUAUUUCAAUUUCAUUAUCAUGUAUGUUUGACAUGCUGAAAUCCAUUUACCAAGAUGUAUUUGUUUCCCCUUGAUGUUGGAGAUUUUCUACCAAGAAGUCCAAAAUGUACAAUGUUUUGCUGAUUUUAAACUGUAUAAAAUGUAUAAACAUUGAAGUAGAAUUGAAAAGGAAAAGAAAUUUUGAUGAGUUUGUCUGUCCCAGAAAGAAAAGAAAGAUCAUAAUUUUUUACCACAAGCAUUGUAUAUAUUUUUAAUAUGUAGUUGUGCUCGUUGUGACUUGCUGAAAAUAUAAUGCCAACUUCUGCAGUCAUGCUGUGUAUUGUCAUCUUGAAGUAGACAUUUAUUUACAUAAAGUGUACUGACAUCAGAUUUACAACAUUUCAUCAGUGUUGACAUUGAGAACAGGCUGAAUCCCAUCUUCUGUAGCUGAUAUUUAAGUUUUGACUUUUAAUGAGAACUUCUGUGAACAUGGUUGUACAGAUGUUAUGUGGUAUAUUGUUGGCGUUUGUUUUCUUUUACUUUGUGUCAUAAAAAGGGUAUUACCAAAAUUUACUGCUGGAAAUCUUUGCCAUAAUUUUAUAAAAAAAAAACUGCAUUAAGAGUGAAAUGGGUUGCCAAAUCCUAAAUUAGCCAACUUCUUUUCCAUAUAAAUCUCUCUUUUUUUUAAGCUAUUGUAAUAUUUUGUUGUGUCAAAAUUAAGCAGAUUCACUUUAAUUCAUUACCCAGUAUACUUUGCUGCGUAUGUGACAAAACCCUAGAAUUUGGUUAUAAUUCUGUAGGAUGAUAAGUUAACAUAGAUAUAGUAGUUGAUGUGUAGAAUGUUAAUUCAUUCACCCCUGAAAACACAUUUGAACUUUUCCAAUUCAAAAGUUGGAAUAGUUCAUUAUAAAAAAUCAGGGGUUAAGGAAAUGCAUUUAAUAUUUAUGCAACAUUUACAAUAUCACAACAGUAUCUUAUAAAAAGUGCAUUUCAAUGAAAGUGACCAAGAAAUGAUCAUCCGAGGAUCAUCCUAGGGUGGUGAAAGGUAUUGAGGGACAAACAGUUAUUUAUAGAGGACACAGGUGAGACGCUACAUCACAGGUGAGACAUACUGACGAGCCAUUUUGGCAGAAAUAGGAAAGCGGUGCUUAUGGUUGUGUUGAAGAAGGAGGUGCAUAAAUGAUGGAAUAUAUUUUAAUGUCAUGAAACCAAAUGCAGUAAAAAUGCAACUUAUGUGAUGGGAAUUAGGUAUGUAUGGAUGUCUGCUUGAACAACUUGUAUUGAAUGAGAAAAUAGGCCGCAUCAGUCGCUGUUAUACAACAGGAAUAUUGUCUUCUGGAACUUUUUAUAUCAUUUAGCUUUAAGUGUGGUCAUCACUGUAAAACCCUGUAUGUGUGAAUCGUAGGAGUGUGGGUAGAAUGUUUGGGGCGAGAGAGACAUUUAAAAGGUUAAUACAUUGUGUGCUGACAUGUCACCCAGGCUUCGAGUGGCACUUUCUGUCCAGUGUCUUCUGCUAAAUGAUUAGUCAAUUCUUGUUUCAAAUUCUCAAGAUGAUGUCAAAUUGAUGUCCCAAUUUAAUCAUGUACUGACUUCAACAUUUCUUGAGGUUUUAUGUGGAGCUAAAAUUUGAUUUUGAAUAAUUAGUAUGGAGUCCAAGUUUGGUCAUAUCAUGGUGCUGCUUGGUUUCUCACAAGGGAGAUAACUCUUUAACCAGAAAACUUUCUUUUCGUUUUGUGAAAAAUGUUGUUUCCAAUUUGUGCAAUAUUUUGUAUAUAUGAAUCAACUUUAUACUGUACAUCCUACCCUGUUUUAAUCUAUUUGAUAUAGAUACUUUUUAAUCAAUGAUGUAUUUUUUCAGUGUGAUUGGAAUUUCAUUUGGUAUUUUGAAAUGACACUGACCAUAUUUGUGUAUAUUUUAUAAUUUGUUUCUCUUUCAUCUGUCAAUUUUACUGAAAUUUUAACUGAUAGAUUCAGUAAUUUACAUAAUUUCAAAGUUUUAUGAACAGUUAAGUUUUAUUCAGGUGCUGAAACAAUACCUUUAAAUUUUCAGGUUUUUUGUGCCACCUAAUUUUUGUUGAAAUGGCUUUCCCUUGUAUUUUAAUACUUUAAUGCAGCUUAUGUAAUACAGUUUUAACACUUAAAUUCUACAAAUGAUCAACUGAAUAGCAUACAUAUCAUUCAACCCUGAAAUUUCAUAAUGAACUAUUCCAUGGAAUUGGAAGAGUUCAAAUGUGUCGUCAGGGGUAAAUGAGUUAAUGUCGCUUCUAAAUGGAUUAAAGUUGAUUUUUAUCCAUCUAUGAUGAAUUGGUAAAUUUGACACAAAUUCAAAGGUUGCUUGAAAUGAUGCCAGAACAUUUCUCAUCUUUGUCUGGAUAAAGAAACAAGAAGUUCGGACUACAGUGAUUGUGUCAUUGCUUUACAAGUGAAAGUCAUUUGCUUAAAUGAUGUUGUGUUCUCCGAGCCAUGACCCUGUGUAAAUGUUGUGUAUAAAUGAUGGCAUGGUCCCUUGUAAAUGUUGUGUAUAAAUGAUGGCAUGGUCCCUUGUAAAUGUUGUGUAUAAAUGAAUUGUGUACAUGUUAUUUUGUGAGAAAGUCUGAUUUACUGAUGAAACGAGUGAAAUGAAAAAACGAACACAAAGAUAGGCAUUGCUAAGGUUACACUAACUUCCUGUCAAACCGUCAAAAUGAAAAAGACAGCGAUGUGUAUUGUAACUUGUUCUAAACCUAAGAUUUUGAAUAUACAUUUGUAACGAGUGUUCAGUAAACCAGACUGGAGAUGACCUCUGAUGUCAUGUUUACAAAUUGUGGUUGAGAGUUGUCUGCUCUUGUCCAAGCAUCACCAUGAUUACUAGGUACUUGGUUGGCCCCCCCAGAAGAUGUUUUGUACAGAAUACUUGACGGUAGAUGAUUGUGUAAAUGAUAUCGGUCUAGUGGGCCGAAAUAAAAAUGCCCAAUAUAAAC